AUGGCGACAUUAUUUGAGAAUUGUAGUGAUGAAAUCUUCAUGCUUAUUUUUGAGUAUUUGGAUGUUUGUCGACUUCAUAACUCAUUUCGAAAUAUCAAUACGCGUUUAAAUAAGAUAUUAGACGAUAAACGACUUCAGUUGAUGUUCGAUUCUCGUGGAACACAGUUUAUCAAUCCAUUCGUGCGUGAUCAAAUUGUAUCCAUGAUAUUAGACGAUAAUGGUAAAGCAACGUUUGUCAAUGAAAAUUUCAUUUCAAUCCAAUCUGUAACUCUGUAUGUUAAAGAUUACACAACUGAAUUUAUUUCAAAAUUAAAAAGUUUAACAACCAUAACACAGUUAAUAAUACAUACAGCUGAACAUCAUGCGAACAAUAUAAUUGAAAUGAUUCUAUGUCAAAAUAUGCUGCCACAAUUAAAAAUAUUAAUAGUAACAGAAUCUUGUUUGAUACGUAAUAACAUAUCUUCAACAGCCGCAAUAAAUAAUCUUGUAUAUUUAAUAAUUACUUGUACGUGGCAUGAUUUAUCGGCUAUACUUGAACAUUCACCAAAAUUAAAAUAUGUAAACAUCUCUCUCCUCGGUGGAAAUAGAUUGACAAAGUUCAUCUUCCCAACAAUAAAAUAUCUUACUGUUAAUAUCAGUAGCACGUACUAUAAUGAAUUAUUUCACAUGUUAAAAACCAUGCCUAAUUUAAAAAUGUUUGAGUUGACAGGUCACUCUUGUGAUGAUGCAUUGUCCGAUGGAGAAAAACUACGCGAAUUAAUUUUAUCAUCAUCUAGUAGAUUUAAAUUAAACAUUCAAUUAUUUGUAAAUUUAUUCAUCAAAAAUGUAUUAUCAACAUUUAGGGACGAAUAUUGGUGCAAUAUUCAAUGUAAACUAUGUAUGGGUUUCAUCAAAUUAUCAGCUAUUAGUAAAUAA